UGUCAAACAUUUAUUUCGAUUGAUAAAUUAUUGAAGAGCCUGUUAAACUGACUUUGAGGAUCUGCAGUUAAGCAAAAUUAAUAAUAAAAGCGCACAAGUCCAAACAAGCUUUUGCAUUUGCUCCAUCGCACGCCGAUGAGUGUGAGUAUAUUCCGCAGCCUGGCUCAAGUGGUUCCUCGAGUGAGUCAGUUAAAUUGAACAAAAUAAAAAAAGUGCACUCUGUGGCAGCUAAGUUGGCAUAGGCUCUAAUAGAAUUUCAAAUUAGUAUUGAUUGAAAACUAUCAAAAAAUAAAAGGAAUUUUGUUUAAAAUUUUCUCAUGAAGCCAGAGUUGUGUGCGUGAUUUAAAAGCCUUUCAUAUAAAUUGAGCGCAAGUAUAACAAACAAAUAAAAAAAUGUGGUUACAUUGUUGUUGGAAUAUGAUGGGGCCAGCACGAUUACUAAGACUGUGUCUCUUUCUUUUGCUGAUCAUUACCAUAGUUGGUGCAGACAUAUCGACUGUUGAACGAAUACGGAAACACAAAGAAUGGCUGAACCAACGAAAACAACAGAAGAGCAAUCGGUUAGCGUUGCUCGUGAAUCAUCCGAAAUCUAACUACGAAAUGGCUAAUCUAUGGCGCUAUCCGAAACCAGGGCUUGAAACGAGUGCAAAUGAGGUUUAUCCAGAAAGCGAAGCUGUAGCUACAGACAUACAACAACAACCACCUACUACAACAACGCCAACUACGUCAACGCUAUUGAUCACAACAACAAAGGGGCUAGAGACCACAUCAGCUGGAACUACAAUUGGCAACAGCGAGGUUCAAACAGUAUUAGCCGCCACGCCCACCACGGCGGCAGCCAUAACCACAACCACAACCGCAACAACUACAAUGCAGCAACCGACAACAGAGUCUUUUAAUGUUUUAAAUGAUUUGAAAACAAGAACAGUAACGCCAACCGCGCGAGGGGCAAGUGUACCCGAAGCGCCUAUUAUUAGCGAUAAUGUUGUGACUGAGACGCCUAAAAUUGUAGUUAGUACGAAAACCACUACGGUAAGGACAACCACAACGACAAGCACUGAGUCACCACAGAGCACAGCUGUUGGAAAUGUGUCUGAUUUGACGACAAGCGAAAGCUCAGCAGUGGCAAGCACGAAGCGACCGAACGCUGGUCCACGUCAACGUCCCUACCCGCGCUGGGGCACUUGGGGCAAGUGGGGUGAUUGCUCACGCAGUUGCGGUGGCGGUGUACGCUUUCAACAGAGGAAAUGUAUUAAUCGCAACUCCUCGACCGGCAAACGUUAUAUCAGCAAUGCGUGCAUUGGCGUCUACAGGCGUUAUCACAUCUGCAACGAGCAGCCUUGCCCUGCUGCGCUCGCGGACUUUCGCGCUGUGCAAUGUGCCGCUUUCAAUGAGGUCGAUUUUCAGGGACAAAAAUACACGUGGGAGCCAUAUAUCAAAGAGGAUGCCGAAUGUGAGCUGAACUGCAAGCCAAAGGGUAUGAAAUACUUUGCCACACUCAACUCGUCGGUUAUUGAUGGUACGCCGUGCUUCAGGCCAGCUGAAUAUUAUCGCUCAAAUUAUAGACAGCGUGCGAUGUGUGUGGAGGGAGUUUGCAAGGCCGUUCAUGCCACUGGAAUCAUCACUGGACUUUCUGCUAACAGCGGUUCAGUUAGCUGUGGCGGUUUGAUUUGCCGACCAAUUACGGGUAUCUUUACUCGCGAUCCUUUACCAGAAGACGCUUACGUGCAUGUCGCUACAAUACCAGCAGGUUCUUCAAAUAUUUCAAUAACUGAGCUGGGGAAUAGCAUAAAUUUACUAGUGCUGCGAACACCCGAUCAGAAAUAUAUAUUCAACGGCGAUAAUGUGGCUUCAGAUAGUGGCGCUUAUGAAGCGGUGGGAGCGGUAUUCGACUACCAUCGUAUAGAUGGACUACAGCAUGGCGAUGGUGUUACCGAAUGGAUUACUUGCUUGGGGCCCAUAAGAGAUAUGCUGGAGUUAAUGAUAUACAGCAAAUCUUCGAAUCCGGGUAUCAAGUAUGAGUAUCUGCUGCCUAUCACAUCAGACUCCGAGGAGAAUGAGUUAUCAGUAGAAAGUGACGGGUUCUUGAAAAACGGUCCAGAAGAGAGUUUUGCAAGCAAUUCACGUUCCGGUCGCAGACGUCGCUUCAACUGGAAAGUAGUUGGCUUCAGCGCCUGUUCCAAAACUUGCGGUGGCGGCAUACAAACACCGAUUGUGCGCUGUGUACGCGAGAAUCCCGUUCGCUACUAUUCGCAACGCCGUUGCAUGCAUUCGGAAAAACCAAUGCUGAAUGAAAAUUUGCUGCGCUGUAAUACCCAGCCUUGCCCCGCUUAUUGGCGCAUCGAGGAUUGGAGCGAGUGCCAUUGCCAACAGGGUGAAGGUUAUCGUGAGCGCGAUAUAAGCUGUGUGCAAGAACUUGCUUCCGGUAUUGUGAUACACGUUGACAACUCAGCGUGCAUCGAUGAGAUGCCGAAUCCGCGCAAACAAUGCGACUGCCCAAAGAAUAGACGACGCACACAUGCUGCCCGCUAUCGUAUGGCGCAUACGGGCGCAAACGGUACUAAUCAUCGUGGGCGCGACAAGAAUGACAAAUCUGGUAUUUGGCUAAUGUCCGAUUGGAAUCAGUUCUGUUCGGCUGACUGUGGCUCAGGUGUUGAAUAUCGCACGAUAUUCUGUGAUCGUACAAAGCCGAAUACGGAUCGCUGUGACUCGCGUGCCACGCCAGAAAUCACUCGUCCAUGUGAACGAGAACGUGAUUGCGAUAAAGGUGAAUGGUUCGCAGGGCCGUGGUCACCAUGCAAUGGAAACUGCUUCAAUUUGACACGCAGUCGUGCCGUUUAUUGCAUCCACAAUCAUGAAAUAGUUAAGGAUGAGGAUUGCAAACCUGAACUAAAACCACAGUUAGGCGAGAAUUGCUCGCAUGAAGAAGUGGAAUACUGUGGACCACGUUGGCAUUACUCUGAGUGGACGGAGUGUUCGAAAUCGUGUGAUGGUGGCACUCAACGACGUUCAGUCAAAUGCUUAGAGUACGACGAACGCGAGGCUGUAAUGCGUGAGUCGGCGAAGUGUCGGUAUUCGCUGCGUGAGCCGAUCUAUCGCAGCUGCAACACCCAAAGAUGCGAUGAGCCCCAUCUAGAGCUGCUGCAAAAUGAUGUGGCGGUCUCGUGUGUGGAUGAGUUCAACAACUGCCAGUGGGCUGUCAAGGCGAAGCUCUGCAAUUACGAUUACUACAAGCAAAAUUGCUGUUACUCCUGUGGUGCCGCCUAAUUACACACUCGACUCGUGGAGGGGUACUUAGCAAUAGAAUAUGCUGCAAUAUUUAAUUAGCAUAAUUUUUGUUUUUUAUUUCGUUUUCGGUUUUAUUUGAAAAAAGAAGUGUAUUAUUCUUAUUUGCAUAGCGAAAAAACGAUUUGUGCUCUUUUGACCUACGAAAAAGCUACAGAAGUAAUCGAUACGAUUUGUCUAAUUACUGCAAAUUCUUGAAAAAUAUUAUUUAUCUAAAAUUUAAUCUUUUUUGUGAAAUUAAGCAAUACACGUAGGCAUUUUCUAAGUAUUUAUAAUAAUGAAGUUAGGCAUAAUUAUUUAGUUGGUAUUUGUUCGCUGAGUUCUGUAAAUUAAUGCGCAUGAGAGUAAUUAAAAAAUGAGCUAGAAAUCAUUUUUUCUUUUAACUUUGAUUUUAAUUAAUAUUGUAUAUGUAUUUAUUUGUAAGGUACAUUCCAUAUACAUACGUACAUAUACAGUUGUACUUGCAAUAUUGAGCAGCCGGUUAAGCAUUCAAGUGCUAAGAUUAUCUUUAGACACUUGCGACAGAGUAUUUUUUGUAUAAAAACGGUUUCCGAUAUUUGUUUAAUUUGAAUUACUUUACUUACUUUAGCUUUGAGCAACAAAUUUCAAAACGAGUGAAUUUCUUACUUAUUGAACGAAAUUUAUUACGUCCGAAAUUGCAAUAAUUCGAUAAUUAGUUGAGAAAUAUGUACUGAGUUUGAUUACCUUUCUCACCUGAGCUUCAUUGUGCAAAAUUUUCGAAUUUCUUUAAACCAUGUUAUUUAUUUUAGUAAAAACUAAACAAAAUAAUUUACUAAUGUGUUCUAAUAGUUUUAUGUUUCUGUCUAGUAUUUUAUAUAUAAAAAAAAAGUUAAUUCAGUAAUAUGUUAUAACUAAUUUAUAUAUACAUAUUUACUCAAAUUAUUUUUAUUUUUUAUCACAGUUUAAGUUUAAGCGACCAUUUAGCAUAAAACUGACAAACAAACAAAAGUACAUAAAAAACGA